CUUACCUCGUCGCCACGACCCUAGCUCUAGCAGAAACAUAAUGAACUUGAGCAUAUACACCCUGCCACCUCUCUGCUUCUAUUAUGGACCGCACAAUUAUAGCUGCCAUGCUAGGCUGCUGCAUCUCUGGAGUCGUGAUUUUGUCUUUGCGUCUAGUCCUGCGCAAGGUCUAUUUCUAUCGCCUGGACCUCGGCGACUAUCUUGCUGCCUUAGCUAUGCUUACCUUGAUUAUCUAUAUCCCUACGGUCUACAUAUCUAUCAUCUGGGGCACCCCUAACAUCGAACCAGGCACUGCCUUUACCCCGGAGGACAUCCGCCGCCGGACGGUCGGAGGCAAAUGUGUGCUUGUUGCGCGGGUUAUGUAUAUCUCGACCAACUGGCUACUCAAAUCUAUCUUGCUCGACUUCUACUCCAAAAUCGUCGUGGAAUUAUGGUACGGCCAUACAAUGAUCUACAUUGUUAUAGUUAUCUUGGCUCUCACCUAUUGUGUUAGUGUCAUUAUGGUCUUUGUGGAAUGUCACCCAAUAUCUCUAUACUGGAGGGUCUUGCACGAUCCCGCGCAGUGCGUUCGCGCGAUGAAACUACUCUUCAUUGAAGGUGCAUUUAACCUCUUCACACAAAUCAUCCUCAUUGUGCUCCCGCUUCCUGUCCUCUUUCAAGUCCAUCUCCCGUGGGUAAAGAAACUAUCGCUUAGCCUCCUCUUUACCCUCGGCUUCUUCGUCAUUAUCACCACUUGCCUGCGUCUCGCUAAGAUCGGCCCAAACUUAACGUCUCAGAACGGCCGCGCAUUCUGGGCUGCUAUCGAACUGCCGUGUGCUUGUUUGAUUGCUAACGCACCUGCGCUGUAUGCUACAUUUAUAAAAUUAUUACAGAGAGAUGGGAGAUUGAGCACAGACUAAUUGCCGAUGACUCUUGCAGUUCUUUCUAGGUAGCUUGCUUCACUUGCUCAUCGGCAGUUCUUUGUAUAGGGAAUAUUAUAGAGUAAAGAAUAAGACUCUAAGGAUCUUUAUACAAGUAUACUCAAGAGAAGCGGUGGCCUAAAAUACCAAAGCCGCGAGCCUAUCAAACAAGGUAAACGAGAUUUGGAAGAGAAACUGAUGCAUGCGAAGAAUAUGCCUAAUUAGGCACUGGGGAUCACGAAGGGUUCGAUGGUAGACAUUACUGAAGCGGAUCGAGUAUUCAGAAGAGAAGGAGAAGAAAGGCGAGGUUGAAAAGGGAACUUUAGGUGUAGAAGGUAAAUUUUUGAAGCUUAUCGCGGCGAGCGAAUCGAGACAGCGGCGAGGUGAUGCCAAAAAGGAAGUGGGGAAGCCUUAGCGCGUUGGCCAAGAGUCAUACUUUUAGUGCGGAUGGCGAGAUUGUCUUAGCGACCACGGGGCUGGACCGGAGUGGCGAAAUCCUCUUAGUAACCAAGCGGCUAGGCCGGAAGUGGGAUUAGGGGGGCAUAUAUAUAUGUACGGUUCCGCCAUUUAAAUCGCUUUCAUUGCUAUUUUGUGCUGUUUAAGCUUUGGGCUGG